CAAGGAGAGAGGAGAGAAGGGAACCGGAGGAGAGAGUGGGAGGAGGAGGAGUGGGAGGAGUACUGUAUAGGAGGGGAGAGGGGGAGGCGGAGUGCACAUUCUGUGGGACAGAUCCAAGACCCCCUCCCCAACCCAGCCAAUACCGCUCAGCCACCCGGCUAAUUUUUAAGCAACGGGAUUCCGAGGCGGGCAGUCCAGAAACGAGAAGCCGGAGCUAAGAAGCGGCCUUGGGGUCAGCCACCUCGUCCUCCCGGCUCGUCUCACCGUCUCGCACGCUCGAGUGACUCGGGCCAGCCAAGCCCAGACCAUGACCCGGACGGACGGCGCAAGCGCUCGGCGCUCGCCCCUGCUGCUUUUCACGACGACGACAACGAUGGUGAUGAUGGUGGUGGUGGUGAUGGUGGUGGUGACGCUGGCGCCGGUCUCCACCGUGGAAGUUGCGUCGACGGAGGACACCAGAGCGUCCACCCUGCAGCCCUACGACCUGCUGUUCGACAGCGGUGUGGAGGCGUACCACAGGGGCGAUUGGCGGGCCGUGGUGUCCACCAUGGAGCAGGCGCUGCGCAACCACGCCGAGCGGCGCCGCCUCACUGUCGUCUGCGGGCAGCGCUGCACCAACCACAGCGCCUUCCAUGCCGUGCAGGCUGAGGGGGACCGCGGGGAGUGGAGGAUGUGGGACCUGCGGCUGCUGGAGGCCGUGGUGCGACGCGCGCACUGCCUGCACUCGUGCCUCGAGCAGGCGCUGGGCCCCGCGUCGCUGCACCUUGUCUCCGAGGAGACGCAGCUGGAGUUCCGCAAGCGCAGCCCCUACAACUACCUGCAGCUCGCAUACUUCAAGAUGGACAACCUGGCGGCGGCGGCGGCAGCAGCGCACACGUUCUCGGUGUGGAACCCUGAGCACACGGAGAUGAGGCAGAACCUGGAGUACUACCGCCAGGUGUACAAUGUGGAGGCGCAGCACUUCGUCGACCGCGAGGCGCGGCCGCAUCUCGACGCGUUCCAGCAGGGCGUGGAGCGCUACGCAGCGGAGGAGUUCCCGCUCGCCGUGGAGUACAUGGAGCUGGCGGUGGACGAGUAUUUCGCCGCGGACUCGGAGUGCCGCGCGCAGUGCGAGGGCCCCUUCGACUUCGACGGCUACGCCUACCUGGACUACAACUCGGACCUCUACCAGGCCAUGGCCGACCACUACGUGCAGGUGCUGAAUUGCCGGCAUAACUGCGCCCGAGAGUUGUCCACCCGUCCCGGGCGCACGGCGCCCAUCGAGGACUUCCUGCCGGCGCAUUACAACUACCUGCAGUUCGCGUACUACAAGAUGGAGGAGCUGGAGAGCGCCAUCGCGUGCACGCGCUCCUACCUGCUGUUCCGCCCGGACGACGAGAUCAUGCAGCAGAACGAGCGCUUCUACGUGGCCACGCUGGGGGAGGCGGAGAGCGCCGGAAUCGAGCCCCGCAAGGAAGUGGCGAGCUACGUGCAGCGCUCGCUGCUCGAGAAGGAGAUGCUGUUCUUCGCCAGCGAGGCCUUCGCCACCACCUUCCUGGAUCCCGACACCUGGACCCCUGACUCUGUGAAGCCUCAGAGCCUCCUCCAGCGACAGAGGACGGAGCGGAGCGCAACGUCGCGCAUCUCGGAGGAGAUCGGGAGCCUGAUGCGCGAGAUCGAGGAGAUGGUGGAGGAGAAGACGCGCGAGCACACGCAGCUGGAGUCGCUCAUCAAGGAAGGUGGGCCGCUGCUGUACCCGGGCGUGGUGCUUACCAUGGACUCGCGCGCUCUCAACGGAUCGCAGCGCGCUCUGCUCGAUGGUGUCAUCACGGCCGAAGAGAGUAACGAGCUGCUGGAGCUCGUUAACACGGCGGGAGCCUCGGGUGACGGUUACCGCGGCAAGCCCUCUCCUCACACGCCCAACGAGAAGUUUGAUGGCAUCACCGUUUACAAGGCGCUGCGGUUUGGACAGGAGGGGCGCAUCGCACUGAAGACGGCGCGUCUGUUCUACGAUGUGAGCGAGCGCGUGCGCAGCAUCCUCGAGUCCUACUUCCGGCUUGAGGUGCCGCUCUACUUCUCCUACACGCACCUAGUGUGCCGCACGGCUAUCGCAGGCCAACAGGACAACCGCUCAGACCUGAGCCACCCGAUCCACGCCGACAACUGCGUUCUGGACCCCGAGAGCAAAAACUGCCUAAAGGAACCUCCGGCCUACUUCUACCGAGACUACAGCGCCAUCUUGUACCUGAAUGGAGGCUUCGAGGGUGGGAAUUUUGUCUUCACGGAGUUGGAUGCCGACACAGUCACGGCGGAGGUGGUUCCGCAGGCAGGCAGGAUGGUGGCCUUUUCGUCGGGAGGAGAGAACCCGCACGGUGUUCGCGCCGUCACCAAGGGCCAGCGCUGCGCCAUGGCGCUGUGGUUCACGCUCAACCCCAUCUUCCGCGAGAAGGAGCGAAUCAAGGCCGACGACCUCAUAAAGAUGCUCUUCACGGAACAACAAAGCGAAAGUGAUCUCUUCCCCAACGCGCGGGACGAACUUUGAGAAGUGACACAUAAGCACGGCACGCCACACCCGCUGCACGCACCCAUGAGCGUUCACCGUCUGGAUCCUUCUUUGCGACGAGGACGUUUCUUCAGCCGCAGUGGUUACUCCCGCCUGUGCUACUUGACCUCGCGUCGUUGUAAAUGAAGCUGAUGUCAAAAGGUUGGAAAGUUAAAGAAAGUAAAAAAAAAACUGCUUCGCGUGGGGCAUAUGGCCCUGGUCACGUGACGCUUACCUGUCCAUUAACGGUGAACGGGCAGUUUUGACGAAAACCGUCAUGAUAAAACACUGCCUUUUAACUCCAGAACGUGGUCUUCCAGUGUUUCAGGCCGAUCGAUGGAUUAUUGCAAACCCAUUGCCCCGAAACCUAAGCUCAUUUAAUUUUUGUAUUCUUCCUACGUUAAUGUUGGGCACAUGCACGUAUCUGCCAGCGAGCAUAUUCUCCACGGCACGAUCGCCAUUGAGCUGCAGAGAAUCUUGUUUUUCUGCAUUAUUGCGGGAAUCUGCUAGUGGUGUUAGAGAUUUUAUGAGAUAGCAUUUCUUUUUUACUCGCCACUUCCAACGCACUCCACGAAAUGUUUCAAUCUAAAAUGUUUUUGUAUCUAAUAAUAAUGAUAUGUAAAUUAAAAAAUAAGCAAUUUUAAUGAUGUGCACCGUGGUGCUCGCACGCCUUGCCUUGUAUUCGUAUGCCGCGAUGAAUCUGCGAUCACCGAUCUGCUUUCGGGUUGAACCGCGGGAUGUUCGUCACUGAUGUCUGAUGUAAGUCACGCUGCACGUGCUGUACUCGGGAGUUUCUCGGUGAAGUUUCUUCACGGAGCUCCCAGUACGUGGUGCGAAACGUCGGACGUUGCUCCCAACGACGUGCGGCGCGACCCACAAACACAUCGGAGAGCUUUGCAGCGUAACCGCGGCAAACAUACGUUGUGCUAUCUGUGCUCUUGUUUUCCAUGAGCACUGCAGCUUUGAGUGGUGAUUGUGGAGUCCUUGUCUCCUCUUUUUAACCACCUCCCUCGACUCGUGAUUCCCAAGCUAUUUUUAAAUUUGAACUCCGCUCAGAAGGGGCAUCGACCCUCCGAGUUGUCCUCAUGUUUUGGGUUUUUUAUUCAUUAAUUUUAGCUGCAGUGAUUGCUGUCCCCUCUUGGGGUCAUGACCCACGGUUUGGAAAUCCCUGCCCUUGGGAAUUUCACGACUCGUGCCAAAAAUACAUCGAGAGACUGGUGUAUCUUUUUUUACGAGAAGGGGAAAGUGCAUGAUUAUGCCACGGCACUGUGGAUCGGAACUCGGCAACAACUUUUCCGGCACGUGGUGAUGUAAUGGCUUCUUCACAUGAUCACGCGAGCAAAAGCGGCAUCGGACGCCAGACGUGUCAUUAAAAUUGUCCGAAUGAGGAAAAACGGAGCGAGUUGGUUUACAUUCAUUUCGGGACCAUGGUUCUUCCCUGCAGAAGAAAUGCGGGUGGGGAACUCAUUGGGUCAUUGCUUUGUUCUGUAAAUGAAGAAAGCGGUUUUGUCCAGCUCUUAUUCGUCUUGGGUAGAAAAAAACAAUUGGCACGAGCAAGUGGCCCUUUUUCUGUCGACGCAGAAAUUCGCCGGCCAACACGCACUGUCCCUCCGCAGCUGAAGUUGAUGGCUGCCAUUUGUCGUAAAUUUAGUUUUCAUAAUCUCGAAAAUUGGAGCGUACAAAACUGACACCCUUCUGUAUGAGUCUUAUCAUUUCCACUCGAAAAAGGGCAAAAUACCUGCCCAUUCAUUGCUGCCUUCCUGUGUUUUAAGUUUUAAAUGUUUUUAUUCUCUACGUAUGGUGCUAAUGAUUUUAAUGCGUUCUUGACAAGCCUAAUCCUUUUUUACACUACUUUAAAGCCUAUGAUGUGUUGGUUGGGUUGUACCGCGUGUUGUCCGCAUUGAUAUCCGAUAUUUUGCUCCGCGUGCUAGAUGAUCAGUUUCUGAAGAAAGUUCUGGCAUUUUUUUCGAGAAGCAUGUGGAGCAAAACGUUGGACAUCGUGCCAAACAACACAUGAUAAAAACCCAAUAGCCCCAUCGGGAGCGCACCACAGCACGACCUCCGCUGUACUAUUACUCCUCACAUUAAAACCACUGAGCCUUGGCAGAAGCUAAACGUUUUGAGGUUAUAAUUCAGGAGAGUGGUGGUAGGUAAACCCAUUUGCUGGAACCUAGCACAAACCGCGAGCUGAUGAACGUUUGCAAAUGAAAAUACUUCUCGUCGGCGUUGCCAGUAGUUUUCCGAAUGCUUUAUUUAUACGCAAUGGAAUCACUUGGAAAUGUUUUUUCGUGUUUUUAUUGUACAUAUAUAUUUGUACGCGGGAGUUGUGAUUCACGCGUUUUGUACGUUGUUGGUGAGGCGAGUGCAAACUACCGUAUUCUCCGGAUUGUGAGAAUUCCCCGGAGAAUGAGAGACUCGUAAAACGUGUGCCCGCUUUCAAUAAAGGUAGACAGAUCUGGUCGCGCGCACACACGCCUGCACACGGCCAGGUUGUAAGAUGCACCACCAAUGUUUACUUUAAAAUUUGAAAAUAUGGGGGAGAAGUAGUGUGGAGUGUACAGUGUAGUCCAGAGAAUACGGUACUUACAUAACUAUCAGGUCUAAGCAAACGGGUCAAGAGUUGACCUAUUAACCUUUUGACCUAAUUAUGGCUGCUGAUGUGUGCUUUUUAGAAUUGCCCACGCUGAAUUUGUCUGUUGGGUACCACCUACAUUUUUUUAAAGUUUGUAAAAAGAAUUUACAAAUGGCAUUGAAUUGAUGCAAAAUGAUCACGCAAUAAAAAAAAGUUUUAACGUC